CGCAUUACCCACUUUCCCUACUCUUCUUUAUAUUACGUUCCUUCCUUCCUUGUUUAUUUAUUUUUAUUGUUUUCUUGCAUUACAAUGGCAGGCACCCACACAACAACAGCCAGAAGCAGAGGCAGAAGCACAUACGACAUACCGGACGGGCCGGCAGACCCCACGCCGGGAAUGCCGUCGUUUGACUUUGCAAGCAUGGGCCAGGGCGGCACAGUGCCCCUGGUGAUCGACAACGGCUCAGGGACAUGCAGGGCCGGGUGGGCGACCGAAAACGACCCACGGCUAGAGUUCGACAACAUUGUGGCCAAGUACCGCAACCGCAAGCUCCACAACGACCCUUUGCUCCUUGUCGGCAGCAACGUGUACUCCGACCCAAUGGCCAAAUCCAACAUCCGCAGCGGGUUUGACAACGGCAUCAUCACCAACUUUGAAGUGAUGGAGGGCGUCCUCGACUACGUCUUCACAAUGCUCGGGUGCACACAGGACACCGUAGGCCAGCCGAUCGUGAUGACCGAGGCGGCGUGCACACCGUAUGCGUCUCGCAGACACAUGUCCGAGCUACUGUUCGAGUGCUACAAUGUGCCGUCGGUUACGUAUGGGAUUGACGCGGCGUGGAGCUACUAUAAGAACACGGGGUCGUUCAGCACCGACGGCCUGGUGGUGUCCUCAGGCCACUCGGCCUCGCAUGUCAUCCCGAUCUACGACGCGCGCGUGGCCACGGAGCAGUGCCGCAGGAUCAACCUGGGUGGCGUGGCGAUGGAGGAGUACCUGCUUAAGCUCUUGCAGCUCAAGUACCCGAGCUUUCCGAUGAAGAUCACCGAGUGGCAGUCGCGGCAGCUGGUCAACGAGUUUGCCUACGUGGCACAGGACUACGAGGAUGAGCUCAGCAGCUGCCUCACGGCGGCCGGGCUUGAGGCGGGCGACGUCACAGUGCAGUUUCCAUUCCUGGCGCCCAGCCUGGACGAGCGCACCGAGGAGGACAUCCAGCGGGCGGCCGAGCGGCGCCGCGACCAGGCGCGCAAAAUGCAGGAGAUGGCCGCCAAGAGGCGCCAGGAGAAGGCCGACUUGCGCGUGCAGCAGCUCGAGCAGCUCACGGAGAUCCGCGCCGCCAAGCCCCACAUGGACGAGGCGGCGUUUGCCGAGCGCAUGCGCAGUGCCGGGUUUGCCAGCGAGCAGAGCCUGGACGACGCCAUUGCCAGCGCACAGCAGCAGCUUGGCAAUGGCGGCGGCGGCGGCGCGGAGCCUGAGGAGAGGGAGCCGCCGGUAUUCCCGCUCGUCGACGUGCCUGACGAGCAGCUAGCGGCCGACCAGCGGCUGGAGAAGCGCAAGCAGGUCUUCCUCAAGGGCAGCCACGAUGCGCGCGAGCGUGCGCGUGCCGAGAAGGAGCGCGAGCGGGCCAAGCAGGAGGAGGCCGCGCGGCUGGACGACGAGCGGCGCCAAAGCGACUUCGGCCAGUGGCUGGCCGACCUGCAGGCGCGCCGCUCCGCUGUUAUUACACGCAUGGACGACCGCAGGGCGCGGCGCCGCGAGCUCAGCGACCGCCGCAGCCACGCAUCGCAGGUGCGCAUGCGUAACAUUGCCGACCUGGCUGCGCACGACGCACCCAGCGCUGCGGCCGGCGGCAAGCGGCGGCGGCGCGGCGACAACGACGACACGUUCGGCGCCGAGGACGACGACUGGAACGUCUACCGCGACAUCACCAAGGAGGAGGAGGCUGAGGAGGACGACGAGGACGAGGCCGAGCUGGAGCGGCUCACCUGCCGGCUCGGGCAGUUCGCGCCCGACUACUUGGAGAGCCUGGACCGCGCAGCGCGCGCCAAGAUCGAGGCCACCGCCAUGUACCGCUUUGCCGAGGGCUGCCAGCCGGCCAUCCUCGACAAGCCCGCGGUGCCGUACAAGCCCGAUAACAAAGCCAUUGUUGCGCGUGCCGCGCGCGAGUACCAGCUGCACCUGAAUGUCGAGCGCAUCCGCGUGCCCGAGAUCAUCUUCCGCCCGAGCCUCGUCGGUCUCGACCAGGCCGGGCUGAUCGAGACCAUCGACAGCGUGGUGCGCAAUACCGGUCGCCCGUCGCUGGUCAGCAAUAUAUUUGUGACUGGCGGCGGCUUUGCCUGCGUCGAGGGCAUUCUGCAGCGGCUGCAGAGGGACGUCGUGGGCAUUAUGCCGGAGCGUACGCCCAUUAAUGUACGCCGCGCUGCCGACCCACUGCGCGAUGCUUGGAGGGGCGCAGCGCUGUGGAGCAUGGCAGAACCGGAGGCCUUCAGGGCUAGCUGCGUCACUAGGCAAGACUACCUUGAGAAAGGUGGCGAGUAUAUCCGCGAGCAUGAAGCCAGUAACCGCUACCACGCAUUCCCGGCGGCAGCAACACAGUAACGGGCUUUUGCUUUGCUUUGCUUUGCUUUGCUUUGGCUUGCUUUGCUUUGGCUUGCUUUGCUUUGCUUUGGCUUGCUUUGCUUUUCUUUGGCUUGGCUUAGCUUGGUUUGCCCUGCUUUGGUUUUGUAUUUUCUCACGCUUGGAAUCAAAAUAAUGUUUGGAUUCUUCUGAGAGAGGCUCGCAUGGUCACUGUGGCCAAGUGCAGUUCAAGUGCUGCGUGGCCUGCUUGCAAAAGUCGAAUAAUUCCAGGCCUAUUUUCCUCUUUUUUCUUUCUUUCUGAGUGUCCGACGCUUUUCGACUGUAUUUUUUCUACUGCCGCCAGCCAACCAGCAAACUCCUUUCUUUCCCUUG